GAAAUGAGCGGGUCUAACCGGGAGGAAGCUCUAGCUGGGCAGCCCAAAGAUGAGCGAAAGAAAUCGGGAGGUGGAGUGAUAAACCGACUGAAGGCUCGGCGUGUGCAGGGAAAGGAAUCCGGGACCUCAGAUCAAAGCUCCAUCACACGGUUUAGAGAAGAGGAGCUUCUGGGCUUGAACGAACUGAGACCGGAACAUGUUCUGGGCCUGAGUCGGGUUACUGACAAUUACUUGUGCAAACCUGAAGAUAAUAUCUUUGGUAUUGACUUUACUCGCUUCAAAAUCAGAGAUCUGGAGACUGGCACGGUGCUCUUUGAGAUCUCUAAACCUUGCUCAGAACAGGAAGAGGAGGAGGAGAGCACCCAUCUAGAUGCAAGUGCUGGGCGGUUUGUGCGUUAUCAAUUUACUCCUGCGUUUCUCAGGCUUCGAAAAGUUGGAGCAACGGUGGAGUUUACUGUGGGGGACAAACCUGUGAAGAGUUUUCGGAUGAUUGAGAGGCAUUAUUUCCGUGAUCGUAUACUUAAGAGCUUUGAUUUUGACUUUGGCUUCUGCAUCCCCAACAGUAGAAACACCUGUGAACACAUGUAUGAAUUUCCACAGCUGUCUGAGGAGCUAAUUCGACUAAUGACCGAGAAUCCUUAUGAGACCCGCUCUGACAGCUUCUACUUUGUUGAUAACAAGCUCAUCAUGCAUAACAAAGCAGACUAUGCCUAUAAUGGAGGCCAGUGAGGAUUCCAUUUCCUUAGACUGUAUAUGGCAAAACAAAACAUUCCCUCAUUGAAGCCGAGACAAUUAAAAAUGAUGGACAACAUUUUGGGCUCCUGCAUAAUAUUAUGAGAUCUGCGCAACAGAAGGAUAGAAGUACUGUCUUCAAAUCUUAAUUUUAAUAAGUGCUUUAGUUAGAACAGGAAGAUUUUGUAUUUACAGAAGUUUUUUUUUGUUUUGUUUUUUUAAUUUAUUCUCUUGUGAAACAGGUGAUUUUGUUAUCCUUUAAAAAGUAUGAUGUUAGAUUUGUAAUUCCUUUGCUUUACUUUUGUUAGUAUUAAGCAUUAGCAUUUACUUUUGGUAGCAUUAAGCUCCAACUGGUGCCUUUCUGUUAUCAUGAAGGAUUUGUCCUCUCUGUUAUGUGGCAGUUCUGCCUGGUAACUGUUGUGGUCUUUAGCUGCCUUCUAGAUGUGCCUACUUUCUCUUUAAUCUGCCAUUUAUCUUCAGGGUUAAAUCUCUCUUAGAACUAUUGUAAAUAAUGUGUUUUGAUGGCAUCUGUGGCCUAUGGUAGAACUUUGGAGAGGAAAGCAUGGAAAAUAUUCUGUGGCUCUGCAAUGAAUUGGGGAUAGACAAUGAAUGGAUAAACCAGGUCUUUCUUUUUAAAAUCCCCUAAAAUUACACUAAACCUGGGGUCUCGCAACUUUUUUUUUUACCUGUGAGCCAAAUUCAGUUGUAAAAAGAGUUGGAGAGCAUCACAAGCAUGAAAAAAGUUCCUGUGGUGCCAAAUAAGGGUUGUGAUUGGCUAUUGGGUAGCUCCUAUGUGCAAUGGCAGCCUACAGGAGGGUAUGUUUGGCGGUACACCUGAUACUUAUGUACCUAAAGCUUGCCUUCAAGCCUGGAACUCAAAAUUCUUGGUUUUGGAGCAACAUCCAAAGGGGUUGGUGAGCAAAAUUAUAUUCUUGAGCCACUGAUUGGGGAUCACUGCUCUCAACAGUUCCCAGAAUAACAUACUUUCUCCCUGCAUUUGGUCUUCUAUUAUUUCUAGGGAUGGAGCUUCAUGCUAGGCCAGUCGCUAUUUGAAAUUAGGAGAAUGAUGCAGGAUAAAGGUAUGUUAUUCUGGGCACUUUUUAGAGUUAUUUUACAGAUGAAAAAAGGUUUAGUUUUUCUUUAAGGAUACUUGGCCACCUCUGUCCUGAGAGCACCAUAGUUGUGUGUCAUUGUCCCUAUUUUAUAUAGGAGAGUACAUGAUAAACUGAACCAUGCUUUUUAAGUCCGGGAAGGAUAUUUCUUAUAGAUGGUUAUAAUAGACUUUAUGGACAGCGUAGUGCUUUAAUCUCACCUUUAUUCUACAUUAUUCUUCGGAUCUUCUGGUCUGAUGAGCAAUAAUUCCUUUAUUGAAAAAAAAAAAAA